CUUUUUCGAAUGGCAUGACUCAGGCAGUCAGGCUUCUGACCACUAGAGGGCAGCAGACCAGUACCAGAAAAACUGGGCGAGUGAUCCAGAGAUUCUACGGGAACCAGAGAGGAAUAAACACGUCCAUGAGGAUUCCAGCACCUCCAGCUGCACCUAGUCAGGGAGGGCUCCAUCAGGCGCUGAGGGAAGAACUUUUAAGUAGAGCCAGGUCUCUCCAGGAGUGGCUAUAGCAACUUUGACGCUUGGAUGGGGUCCAAGCUGGCAAAGUGCCAAGACCUUGCCAACAAAGUAGAUGCCAGCAAAUGGGCCCUAUGGCCAGGCUGGCAGUCUUGGCCAUGACCCAUAGCCCGUGUUGCCCCUGGGCCAUGACCCAUACUGCCUAGUGUUGAGCCUGAAGAUCCUCCCAUCCGUGCCCAGAAUCCUAGGUGUUGUGGGAAAAAUCCCUAAACCUCAGUAACUUUUCUCCCUACUAGGUCCCUUUUGUCCCCAAAUCUCUGGACAUUUAGGGGCAACAGCCAUUCUGACCUAGUUCAGCCAGGGGUUCAGGUUCCCCCACUUGCCCUUCCUUCCUAGCCCAUCCCUGGCCUGGCUCCCGGGAGGAAUUUCCCAAGCCAGAGGGCGGUCGAAAGCACAAAUGCCCACCCCGGCGACGUUCCCGCCACCUGCCCAGGCCAGUGCCCUGUGCCCAACCCCAGAGGGUGCGGGAUGACAGAUUCUGACAAUCAUUAAACCAGCCCGGCCUGAUUUCCCAGCACCGCCUGCCAGGAUCCAGGCCAAGUGGCACAGAAUAUGCAAAUCACCUGGGGCCUAGAGCUCAGUCUAAAGGCCAGGAAAUCCCCUCCAUCCAAUGAGCCACCAGCUCAGGUUACCGCCGAGGACACACUAUAAAGGCCUGGGUGUGGGGAGGAGCUCCUGCAAGGCUCUAUUUAGGGCGGGGUAGGGGAUCCGGCUGGCCAGACACCUUAGCGCACCUGGCGGAGCUUCUUUCCGCCUGGAUUUCUCUUCUGCCUGCUGCCUCUUAAGUCCACCUGCCUGCCACGUCCGUACUCCGCCAUCAGGUAGCCUCAUGGCUGCAACCUGUGAGAUCAGCAACGUUUUCAGCAACUACUUCAGUGCCAUGUACAGCUCAGAGGACCCCACCCUGGCCUCUGUUCCCCCUCCUCCCACCUUUGGGGCCGAUGACUUGGUGCUGACCCUGACCAACCCCCAGGUGUCACUGGAGGGCACAGAGAAGGCCAGCUGGUUGGGGGAGCAGCCCCAGUUCUGGUCAAAGGCCCAGGUUCUGGACUGGAUCAGCUACCAGGUGGAGAAGAACAAGUAUGAUGCCAGCUCCAUCGACUUCUCGAGGUGUGACAUGGACGGGGCCACUCUCUGCAGCUGUGCCCUGGAGGAGCUGCGACUGGUCUUUGGUCCUCUGGGGGACCAACUUCAUGCCCAGCUGCGGGACCUCACUUCCAGCUCUUCUGACGAGCUCAGCUGGAUCAUUGAGCUGCUGGAGAAGGACGGCAUGGCCUUCCAGGAAGCCCUAGGAGACCCAGGCCCCUUUGACCAGGGAAGCCCCUUCGCCCAGGAGUUGGUGGACGAUGGCCGGCAGGCCAGCCCAUACUACCCCGGCAGCUAUGGCACAGGAGCCCCCUCCCCUGGCAGCUCCGAUGUCUCCACUGCAGGGACCGGGACUUCUCAGAGCUCCCACUCCUCAGACUCCGGUGGAAGCGAUGUGGACCUGGACCCCACUGACAGCAAGCUCUUUCCCAGAGAUGGCUUUCCUGACUACAAGAAGGGGAAAGGGGAUCCUAAGCAUGGGAAACGGAAACGGGGCCGACCCCGGAAGCUGAGCAAAGAGUACUGGGAGUGUCUGGAGGGCAAGAAGAGCAAGCAUGCCCCCAGAGGCACCCACUUGUGGGAGUUUAUCCGGGACAUCCUCAUCCACCCAGAGCUCAACGAGGGCCUCAUGAAGUGGGAGAACAGGCACGAGGGCGUCUUCAAGUUCCUGCGCUCCGAGGCUGUGGCCCAGCUGUGGGGCCAAAAGAAAAAGAACAGCAACAUGACCUACGAGAAGCUGAGCCGGGCCAUGAGGUACUACUACAAACGGGAGAUCCUAGAACGGGUGGAUGGCCGGCGGCUCGUCUACAAGUUUGGAAAAAAUUCGAGCGGCUGGAAGGAGGAAGAGGUUGUCGAGAGUCGGAAAUGAGGAAUUUAGCAGGACCCGGGACCAAACUCAUGGACUCUGGGAGGACAGACAGGCCAGAUGGCCCCCUCUGUUUGGACAUACUCCCUGCUGAGAUGGAGAGAAGCUGAAGUUCUGGGAUAUUGUUGGCCAUUGUCCUGGGAGUCGGGGCCUAUGGCCUUUCCUCUCUGCCCUCCUCUUGGAAUUACAAGCCCUGGGGUUUGAAGCGACUCAUCCGCUGACUCUAGCUGCAGUGCAUCUCCUUUCAUCUGGCGCCUCCUCAGACCCAAUCCCAGAUACCAGCUGCAGACGACACCCUCCUGCAGAUGCCUGGACUGAGCCAAGGAGGCCAGGAGAGGCCCCAGGGGAGCACCGAGACAGAGGAUGGGGUCCCCCAGCACCUUCUUUCUGGACUGGCUCAUGCCACCUCCCUGCUCAGUGCUUGGACUCUAUGGGCAAGGGUCAGAGCACUCCCUAAUUUAUGUACUAUAAGUACGUCAGAUGUACAUAGAGAUCUAUUUUUUCUAAGACGUUCCCCUCCCUCCUCCUUUCCUAACGAGCACUGGUGGCCAGACUGACUGUUCCUAGGCCUCGCUGGGCCAGUGAGGGGCAGGGUGGAUGCCAGAACCCUCAGGAUGGGGCUCCUGGCUCCUUUAUCCUGUCAAUGGAGGCAGAGACCUCCAAUAAAGUGCCUUCUAGGCUUUUUCUAA